CCCUCUGGGCUUAUUGAGAGUUAUAUCAAGAAAUUCAGUUCAGAGAGAGAGAGAGACAGAGAGAGAGAGAGAGAGAGAGAGAGGAAGACAGAGACAGAGAGAGACUAAGAGGAGGCAAAGAGAAGGAAAGAGAGAGAAAAGACAAGAAGAGAGGUAAAGCCUUAACAUCCUUCUAGUACAAAAACCUUUAAUGCUAUCGGAUUUUCCUUUUGGGCAACUGCCAUCCUAGAGAGGAAAGAGAGAAUCACCAUCGUUCCAACUCUGACGUUUGCAACUAGAAGUUACAGACUUAAGCCAGUGUUAAUACACGGAUGGUAAUGGUAUGCAGUCCACAGUGGAAAAUAUCCCUGAGCUGAAGAAGUGCAACUGGAUGUUGUGUGUGUGUUCAAUACAAGGAGCUCCUAUAUCCUGUGGGUAACAGAGGCAAAAUGUGGAGAGAAUGACUGACGACAAAUCUGUGAAUUUGUUCUCCGGAGUUGCUAAUUUGCCAGCCCGAAGCAACACAUUUCUCAAGAAGGAAGCGUUUUGCUGCUUGUGAAUUCUCCCCAAACUGGUGCUACCAGAUGCAUUGUGUUGGAACAAAUCAUUGCAAACUGCAGCAUAUCGGGGAAGGUGGAAAGAGAACUAACUUGCUGUUUCCAAAUAAGAAAUGAGAUGUAAUGCAUCCUACAGUCAAUACACACCUUCUUUUGCAAAUUGUGCACCAUUCCUCAGUGGAAACCUCUAAAUCCUAAAAUCCAGGAAAAGAAAAUAAAGACAUUAUCAUGGACCUGAGGGAUUUUUACCUGUUGGCCGCUCUGAUUGCCUGUUUAAGACUGGAUUCUGCUAUAGCUCAAGAACUUAUUUACACUAUAAGAGAGGAGCUGCCUGAAAAUGUACCCAUAGGAAACAUACCAAAGGACCUGAACAUUUCUCACAUUAAUGCUGCCACAGGGACCAGUGCCAGCCUCGUUUACAGACUGGUUUCUAAAGCUGGGGAUGCCCCUUUGGUCAAAGUGUCCAGCAGCACUGGGGAAAUCUUCACCACCUCUAAUAGAAUAGACAGAGAAAAACUCUGUGCUGGAGCCUCAUAUGCUGAAGAGAAUGAGUGUUUCUUUGAACUCGAAGUGGUGAUUCUCCCCAAUGAUUUCUUUAGACUGAUCAAAAUAAAAAUAAUUGUAAAGGAUACCAAUGACAAUGCCCCGAUGUUCCCAUCUCCUGUCAUCAAUAUCUCCAUCCCAGAAAACACUUUGAUCAACAGCCGAUUUCCAAUCCCAUCAGCCACAGAUCCUGACACAGGUGCCAAUGGUGUGCAGCACUAUGAAUUGUUAAAUGGGCAAAGUGUAUUUGGGUUGGACAUCGUGGAAACACCUGAGGGGGAAAAGUGGCCCCAAUUGAUUGUCCAGCAGAACUUGGAUAGAGAGCAGAAAGAUACCUAUGUGAUGAAAAUCAAAGUGGAAGAUGGAGGCACCCCACAGAAAUCCAGCACAGCCAUACUGCAAGUCACAGUAAGUGAUGUUAAUGACAACAGGCCAGUGUUCAAAGAGGGUCAGGUGGAAGUUCAUAUUCCAGAAAAUGCCCCUGUAGGGACUUCUGUCAUUCAGCUUCAUGCCACUGAUGCAGAUAUAGGAAGCAAUGCAGAAAUCCGAUAUAUUUUUGGUGCCCAAGUUGCCCCUGCAACCAAAAGACUCUUUGCUUUAAAUAAUACCACAGGGCUGAUUACAGUUCAGAGGUCCUUAGACAGAGAGGAGACUGCCAUUCACAAAGUGACAGUGCUGGCUAGUGAUGGCAGCUCCACUCCUGCCCGGGCUACAGUUACUAUUAAUGUCACUGAUGUAAAUGAUAACCCUCCUAACAUAGACCUCAGGUACAUUAUAAGCCCCAUCAAUGGCACGGUGUACUUAUCUGAGAAAGAUCCUGUCAAUACAAAGAUUGCCCUAAUUACAGUUUCAGAUAAGGACACUGACGUGAAUGGCAAAGUGAUCUGUUUCAUUGAAAGAGAGGUCCCCUUCCACUUAAAGGCAGUUUACGACAACCAGUAUUUGUUAGAGACCUCUUCCUUGUUGGACUAUGAGGGCACCAAAGAAUUCAGCUUUAAAAUCGUUGCCUCUGAUUCUGGGAAGCCCAGUUUGAACCAGACUGCCCUGGUAAGAGUUAAACUGGAGGAUGAAAAUGACAACCCUCCAAUUUUCAGCCAGCCUGUAAUUGAGCUGUCAGUUUCUGAAAACAACCGUCGGGGGCUAUACUUAACAACUAUUAGUGCCACAGACGAAGACAGUGGGAAAAAUGCAGACAUUGUUUAUCAGCUCGGACCCAAUGCCUCCUUCUUUGAUCUGGACAGAAAGACAGGGGUCUUGACGGCCUCCCGAGUUUUUGACCGGGAAGAGCAGGAAAGGUUCAUUUUUACUGUAACUGCUAGGGACAAUGGCACCCCUCCCCUGCAGAGUCAAGCUGCUGUGAUAGUGACUGUGCUGGAUGAGAAUGAUAAUAGUCCUAAGUUUACUCAUAAUCACUUUCAGUUCUUUGUAUCUGAGAACUUACCAAAGUAUAGUACGGUGGGGGUGAUCACCGUGACAGAUGCAGAUGCUGGGGAGAAUAAAGCGGUGACCCUUUCUAUCCUGAACGACAAUGAGAAUUUUGUGUUGGAUCCUUACUCCGGAGUCAUAAAGUCAAACGUUUCCUUUGACCGGGAACAACAGAGCUCCUAUACCUUUGAUGUCAAGGCCAUCGAUGGAGGGCAGCCACCCCGGUCUUCCACUGCCAAGGUUACCAUCAAUGUUAUGGAUGUCAAUGACAAUAGCCCUGUGGUCAUCUACCCACCUUCGAACACUUCUUUCAAGUUGGUGCCACUUUCGGCCAUCCCUGGCUCCGUGGUAGCAGAAGUAUUUGCUGUGGAUAUUGACACUGGAAUGAAUGCUGAACUUAAAUAUACAAUAGUCAGUGGGAACAACAAAGGCUUAUUCCGUAUUGAUCCAGUGACAGGCAACAUUACUUUGGAAGAAAAGCCGGCUCCGACUGAUGUGGGGCUGCACCGUUUAGUGGUCAACAUCAGUGAUCUGGGCUAUCCCAAGUCUUUGCAUACCCUCGUGCUAGUGUUUUUGUAUGUCAACGACACUGCCGGAAAUGCAUCUUAUAUCUAUGACUUGAUUCGGAGGACUAUGGAGACCCCCUUGGACAGGAACAUAGGGGAUAGUAGUCAACCCUAUCAAAAUGAAGACUAUCUCACAAUCAUGAUUGCCAUUGUGGCGGGGGCCAUGGUGGUCAUCGUGGUGAUCUUUGUCACGGUCUUGGUGCGCUGUCGCCAUGCCUCGAGGUUCAAAGCGGCUCAGAGGAGCAAGCAAGGUGCUGAGUGGAUGUCUCCUAACCAGGAGAAUAAGCAGAACAAGAAAAAGAAAAGGAAGAAAAGGAAGUCCCCCAAGAGUUCCCUUUUGAACUUUGUUACCAUUGAGGAGUCCAAACCUGAUGAUGCGGUCCACGAACCUAUCAACGGGACCAUUAGCCUGCCAGCAGAGCUGGAGGAGCAAAGUAUAGGAAGAUUUGACUGGGGCCCAGCACCACCAACAACCUUCAAGCCCAACAGCCCUGACCUAGCUAAGCAUUACAAAUCUGCCUCUCCACAGUCUGCUUUUCAUCUCAAACCAGACACUCCAAUAUCAGUGAAAAAGCACCACGUGAUUCAGGAACUUCCCCUGGACAACACCUUUGUCGGGGGUUGUGACACCCUUUCGAAACGAUCUUCCACUAGUUCAGACCACUUCAGUGCCUCAGAGUGCAGUUCCCAAGGAGGCUUCAAGACAAAGGGCCCCUUACACACCAGACAGCCCCUGCUCCUGAACGGGUCAGAAGUACCAGCAACCAUCCACCUCUGCACAAACUUGCCAGCUAAGAUCAGCAUGGGCCUUCCCCCAACUUUUCUGUAACGCUCAGAGUUUUCACUAUAAGAGUGCAGACUCUUCCAUAUUUUGAAAUAUGUACAAAAUAUUCUAUAUAAAUAAGGUUUUACUAUUUUACUCUUCUUAAAGCAUAGCAAAUUUGUCCUAAGCUUUGUCUCUUAAGAUCACAAAAAAGCUUCUAGCUAUUUUGCACAGUUUUGUAAAUAUAAGUUAUGUCACUUGUUCUUUAAACUUAAACUUUUUCCUCUGUUUUAGAAUAUGGCAACCAUCUGUAAGGUUUCUAGCGUUACCCUAAAAAAGAGACAGAACCCUUUUGGUAUUAUAGACAGCAAAGAUUGUGUUCAUUUGUGCUUGAAUAAUUUCACAUAAGUUUUCAGUGCAAUUUGUGCAAAAUGUUGUACAGGUUAUCUUCAGUGUGCAUCCUUAGAAGGAAAUGAACUAGCUGGGUGUUGUGGAAACAGUAUGUACUAUGCCCAUGGGCAGAUGAAAAUGAUUCAGAGAACAAUAUGCUAACACACUUGUCAGAUGUGUGUAGUGCAUGUGGAUCAUGUAACCAGGUUCAUGACUGCUGUUCUGAUCAUCAAUCUUGCACAGUUCCUAGAGAAUUAAAAAAAAAAACACAACUGUUGCCUUGCUAGAAAAGGCAAGCAAAACCUUUUAAUUUUUAGUACCUAUAUAUGUAAAUAUAGAUAUGUAUACAUGCAUAGAUUUCUACUUUUAAAAAGCAUAUAUUACUUAAAUUGUGAUUGCCAUUAUUCACUUAAGUUUUGCAUCUUAUUUGGAGGAGGAAGUUAUGAGGGGAAUGAAAGGGCUUUGCUUUUUUCCCUAGUGAAAAUACCCAACCAGCUUAAAUUGGAAGAAAUAUUACUGUUAUUUUAAUUUUAAAAAAUUCUGCUGAAUAUGUUACUGAAUUCAAGUAAACUUAUUUUUUUGUAAAGGUCUCCCUCUUAGAUGUUGCAGGUUUUUAGGUAGUUAAGCUCACUUGUUGUAUUAUGAACAAGAAAAAAAAAUCCCCAGAGGUUGGAGAGUUUAAUUCAUCAAGGUAAUCAAGUAGAAAAUCUUUUUUCUUGGUUAUGAAAAUAAAGGUAAACACAUAGAUUGACUUUGGAUUCAAUGAGAUGAAUGCAAAGACAGAAAAUCUUUAGGAGUGUGCAUGUGUUUAUUCUGUGGACCUGUUUAAAUAAAAGUGACAUAAACAUUUAAAAAAAGAUAUACUACUCUUCAUGAAUGAUCUCACAUUUAACCAGAACAGCUCCUAAAGUAAACACUUUUUAGCCAUUUCUCUCUAAAGGAUUCAUGUGGAAGAACGCCAAGCUGUUCAGUUUCACAAUAGGUUGCAAUCACGUGAUAGAGUUCCCACUUGGGGGUUGAAAACCAAAAACCUGACAUGCAUAAGUGAAUGAAACUGCUGCCCUACAUGAUGUGUUGAUUUAGUUGGUUUUUUUUUUAGGUUUCUUAAAAUACAGCCAGAGGUAUGCCUUUGUCUAGGGACUAAACAGGCAAGGCUGCGAGAGAGACGAGAUUAAUUUUGCAUUGAUGUUUUGGAUGUUGGUGAUAAUUUAUAAUGACAUUAUGCCUAUUGGUUAUGAUUGUGACAGGCAGGCUCCAUCCAAAUGGACAUUGCAGGAGCCAACUGUGAUAGUCUAAGCAUUGUAAAUAUCUGCCUUGAGGAAAGUGGAGAAGCAAAGAUUUUUUAGGUUCCCUCCACCCCCACUCACCCACCCAGCACAUGAUCUAGGUUUGAUAUAUAACAAGUCUAUGCUAUUUGGGGAUGGAAUAAGAGGAUUAAUGGAGUUGGACAAAAUUCACCUUAGGGGAAAAAGUUUCUAGUGGUUUCUCUGCGGUGAGAUGGGAACCCAGGCAAAUUGGCAACUGCUACUAAUCCAUGCACAAACAAGUCUUCAAGUGAGUGUGCGAAAAGCCCAGUGGAAUGUAACUGUGUCACUAAAGCUGUCACAAGCACUUAUAUCAUCCAAGGACAAAAAUCACUUCUUGUUCUCAUUUGAAUAAAUUUUAGAAUCAACUCUGUUCAGCUCCUCACAAUAAUGUGUCUUAUAUAGAUUUCCUAUUUAUUCCCAACACCUUGUCUUGCUUAACUGCAUUUGAAGGGGGGGGGGAGGGAGAGAUAGAGAGAGAGAGAGAGAGAGAGAGAGAGAGAGAGAGAGAGAGAGAGAGAGAGAGAGAGAGAGAGAGAGAGAGAGAGAGAGAGAGAGAGAAAGAGAAAGAGAAAGAGAAAGAGAGAGAAUUUAGCUUUUUUAGCUCAUGGCCAACUUAGGAAAAUUAGGUAACAAAUGGCUAGAACAAUUUCUUGUUAAAAGUUCUUAAAACACACAUGUGUGUGUUACAUAUACAGAAUAUCUAAGACAAAAAUCUAUUUUCAGAUUUCAAAAAUCUUUUUUUGAACAAAUACUUUUGGGUCUACCCUACCCAAUUUGAGUCUACAUCUCCCCAUUUUUAAUAAACUAAGUACUACCAGACUUUUUUUUUUAUUUUGAAGUCUAUAGUCAUAUUUUUACACUGUAAGGGAAACAUGCAUUUAGUCACUAAAACUUUUAUUUAGUUUCUCUUCAUUAGAAUUUGAAGUUUUCCAUAAUUUUUGUUCUUGCAAGCAGCCAUUUUUUCUGUUGCACAGGUUCCCCCAAAGGGUGCUGACCACUGAAACCUGUUCAGUGCUACUCUGUUCUUGAAAUCUUAAUGCAGUUUAGUAAAUGGCUUAGUGUUGUUGUUGUUGUUGUUUUUUCCCUCAUUGCCUUAAUCAGUGGCUUUUUUGCCACCACAAAAUGCUUUUGAGAGUAGUCGCAGUUUGUUACCACAAAUCAACAGCAGUUUUCCAAAAGUGCAUUAUGGCAGUAUUAAAAUGCCUGCAUUCAGCAGCACUUUUGCAAAUACAUUUUACUUUGCCCAAGGGUGUUCUGAUAAAUAAUGCUAUUUUUAAAAUUCAGCCCUUUCAAGAUUCUAUUGAAAUAAAAAUAGUCAACCAAAGCUUUGGUUUUGCUGUACCAAAAAAGAAUGGGAAACCCUUCCAAAAUGGAACUGGUGACUUAUAAAAGAGAAAAUCUCAAACCCAUUGAUUGGCUAAUAUUUGAGUUUCAGUACCAGGGAUUGAUAAUCAUUUAUGAAUAUUUCAACAGUGUUCUAGGAGACCAUUAAGAGUUAUUAGUUAAGACCAUUAUUUGUAGUAAUGCAGACCAAGGAGUUAGUUUUGAAGGGAUUGGCAGUUUCUACGAAGUGUGCUUAAUUUUAAUAGCUUCUAUUGUCCAAUUGGAAAUGUGUGCCAUUUGGGGAACCAUAUUAAAAUGCCUCAGUUGUUUACCUGCCCCAAAAGUUAGGAGUAAUAUUGUGUUUUAGAGGAAUAUUUUGAAGCUUCUUUUGUUGAAUCAAUAGACUGUCAAUUGUCUCAUGUAUGUCUUUGUAAAUAUAUUUUUAGUUUGUUUCUUUUCUAAAGUUCAGAGUUUAAAGUGCAAAGAUUUUUGGCUUAUGUCAUGUCUUCAUUAUCAAACCCAAUUAAUUUUCAUUUCCAUGGAAAGAAAUAAGUAACACUAUAUUACCAUUAAAUGAACUCCUAAUGCCUAAAGUGGGCAGGAGAAGUGAGCUCUGUAUUUUUUUUUUCUGUGUAGGUCAGGGCAUUUCUUUCUAGCAUAAACCGAAUAUUAAUAGGUCUGAUGACAUUUCUGUCUGACUGAUAACCUGAGAAGGAUGAUACUGCUAUUAGCAAUAAGAGGAAACAGAGGUAUAUGGGUUUAUGGGCCCAGGCAAAAAUAGAUUAGGUAUGCAUUUGUGUAUUUCCUUUGUGUCAUGCCCUAGCAUCAAAAUCAGUCCUUACUGAAAAUAUAAGCUCUUUUAUUCUCACCAACAAAAGGCCUAAUUUGGUAUGGCUACAAAGACUGACUUGGGAGGUUGAGGUGUAGUACUCUAUUAUAACUGUGGGAAGCAAGAGCUGGAGAGGUAUGUGAGAAUUAACCUGCCAUCUUGCCACAUAUUAGUAAAGAGAACCUGUAUUUAAAAACACAGAUAUCUUAAUACGCUAGAAAUUUUAAAGUAUGGCUACAGUGCACAUGUAUUACAUUUCAACAUUUGGUUUAUUUCUUAGGCUUUGUGCAUGUAAAACUUUGCCACUUGUGGAGUUUGUUCACAAAACACCUAGCAGGGUAUGCAGGCUUGAGGCAAAUAACCCUACUGUGCAUUAUUUUAAUGCAAAGUGUAAUUUUCCAUUUAUUACAAUUUUUUGUGUGUAUAUGUUCUAUGAGAGCUCCUUUUCCCCCACUUAAUGCCAGGCUAUUGUUUUGUUAGGUGCAGGGUAGAAAAAUACUACAUUCAUUUUCAAGUUUAUUCCAGACUUGAUUUCUUAAGCAUCUGGCAAUUCCUUUUCAUUUUUUGCUUUUGUAAAGUAUGUCCCAUCUUUCAUGUAUUUGAGCUACCAAAAAUGAUUUGUCACUGUGUGAUUACACUCGAAAAGAUGAAAUGUGGUAAAGAAACUUAUUCACUUAGAAAACGAUUUCCCUUAUUGUGAUAUAGUGUAUGAGUAAUCAUAAGUAUAAAACCCUUGAUGUGACAUUCUCCUAUAACGUUAUUACUCUGUAGUUAGUAAUCACCGUAUAGUAUAUUCUAUUGUUCCUCUUCUGUAUGUAUGAACUGGAUUCUAGGGAUUCAUAGUAGGGUUUCAUAUGUAAGUAUAAUCUUAACCCAUUAAAGGGACAUUCUCCCCCAAGCUGAAACCAGUAAUUAAAGAUACUAAGCUUCAUAUAAAACCUUAUUAAAUAGUAGAAAUUAUUUAAGAACUUCAACACAGCAACAUCUUUUCAGUAUUGAUUUUAAAAUAUUAUAUAUACCUAAAUAAUAACUUGACUCCAAAAUCAGGCAAUGCAUUUCAGUAGUCUUUAAUAGCAGGAAAUAUAUUCUACAUGUUAUAUGCAUAAAUUAUCAAGAAAAUAUUGUUAAUAAUAUUAGAAUAUUUUUCCAUAUGGUAGUGACUUGAGUUGAUGAAAUUUCACUAAUAUGUAUAGUAAUGCAUCUUAAAUCUAUAUUUUUUGAACAGUGUUGGACAGGAAAUUAAAUUAUCCUCAAUAAAAUGGGCCUUUGUAUACUAUAAUUUCAAUUUAAGUAUUGGAUUCAUAAAGUAUUAAAGUAGUUGUAAAUCCAAAAUGUAUUACUUUCCAUUUUUGCUCUAUUUUGUAAAAACAUUUUUGCUGUAAACAGUAUGCCUCUCACACAUGUAUAAUUUAAAGUUCUACUAUUUAUUUAAGCAGAUAUAUACCUAAUGUAUUUAGAAGCUUAUUGCACUCAUAUAAAUGUAUAUAUUGUGACUUCAAAAGUCUGUAAUGAUCUUUGCUUAAAAAAACAGUGUGUGGAUUUCUUUCAAAUUUAUUUUUAAUUAAUAUUAAGGGUAAGAUCCUCUACUAAAUGUACUUUAAAAUUCACAAUAAAGUUUCAGAAGUUGUUUUGUACAAU